AGACCAUGCAAGACUGUGUAAGAAAAAUUCUUCUUGGCGAAGAAACCGCUGGCUGAUCGUACAAAUAAAGAACAGUACGAGCCGAUCAUCAAAUCAUCAUCGUCUUCUUCAUUUUGCUUUCUUCACAGCAUUUCUCUGAGGCGGGAAAAAUCAGACAAAUGGUUCCAACAAUAGAGCUUACAAAGCAAGAAAACCCUCAAAUCCGAUUGCAUUUUUCUACAAGAGCAAAGACUUGGGUCUUUCCAAGUCAAAAUCUAAAACAGAGGAAGGACCAUGGAUGAAAUCAAGAAGGAGAAGAAAACCCAUUUGGGGUUGACUGAUAUUUUGUUUUCUUGGUCAUUUGAAGAUAUUUUCAAUGAAAAUUUGUACCAAGAUAAGAUUGAAAUGAUUCCAGAUACUUUUGAGUCUGUUGAGAGUUAUUUUGGGUCAUAUGUCUAUCCUUUACUUGAGGAGACUAGAGCUCAGCUCUGUUCUUGCUUGGAUGUGGUUGUUAUAUCGACUGCACCGUAUGCUGAAGUGAUUUAUUUGGAAGAGUGUAAGCCGUAUGAUACCGGAUUGUAUGAUUGCAAAGUUGAAGGAUGGAAGAACAAAUUCAACGGGAAGGAGUCAUACAAAGUCUUAACUGGAGAUGUAUUUGUUUUGGCAGAUGUCAAACCUCAACUUCCUUCAGAUUUGCAAAGAAUGGGAAAAUCUUGGAGUUUAGCCACUGUUCAUAAAAUCUCAGAAAAUGAUGAUUAUGAGGAUAAUCUCACCUCCACUUCUUUUAAAGUAAAAGUAUCAGUUCAGAACUCGGAAAUAAUCGAUAAAUUGAUGUUUGUGGUCUUUUUGUUCAACAUAGUCCCAAGCCAAAGAAUAUGGAAUGCAUUACACAUGAAUGUAAAUUCUAAUAUUAUCAGGAAACUUCUAUGCCCCCAUCCAUUGGAAAAACAGGAUGCUGAAGAUCACGACAUGUCUAGCCUUCUGGAUCAAAAUUUGAAUUCCAAUUUUCUCUCAUCAUUAAAUGCCUCUCAAAGGAGAGCUGUUUUGUCAUCCCUUUACAAAGUGAGUUUUGAGCGUGAAUCUACUGUUGACCUUAUAUGGGGGCCACCAGGGACUGGGAAGACGAAGACUAUAAGUGUGCUGCUUUUAAAUCUAAUGCAGAACAUGUGCAAAACUAUCAUAGUCGCUCCAACAAAUGUUGCCAUUGUGGAAGUUGCCACACGAGUCCUUGAUUUGGUCAAGGAGUUGCAAGAAAUAAGAUCUGGAACAGAUUUAUACUAUUCUUUUGGAGAUAUUCUUUUAUUUGGGAAUAAGGAGAGACUCAAACUUGGCUCAAAUGUUGAAGCAAUAUAUUUGGAUUAUCGAGUUAAAAAACUUGCAGAGUGCUUUGGUCCCCUCACCGGUUGGAGGCAUUGUUUUGCAUCCAUGACAGAUUUUCUUGAAGAUUGUGCUUCUCAGUAUGACAUUUUCUUGGAAAAUGAACUAAAACAAAAAUGUGUUGAUGAUGAAGGAACUGAUGAAGAGGUCUGCAUGAGGAAAGCCAUAGAUGACACGGUGGCUAGCAAAUCUUUUCUUGAAUUUGCAAGAGAGAGGUUUAUGUCUGCUGCAUCUCAACUCCGAACGUGUCUUGCAAUCUUAAGUACUCAUUUACCUAGGAAAGGCAUUUUGGAGCAUGGUUUGCAUGGCAUGGUUUCCCUUUCUAUAUCACUCGAUUGCUUUGAAGGUUUACUGUUUCGAGAAUCUGUUGUUUCUAAUGUACUUGAGGAUCUUUUUAGACGUCCUGUUGUUAGUGAAUAUCUCUGUACAACAUCUACUGAUUUUAUGUACCUGUUUAACAUGACAAGAAGUGGUUGCCUUUCUGGUUUGAAAUCUCUUCAUUGUUCCUUCGCUGAACUUGAAUUUCGGGUUGAAAGCAGUUUAUCGCUCGAGCAAUUUUGCUUUCAAAAUGCUUCCUUGGUCUUUUCCACUUCUUCAAGCUCGUAUAAGUUACAUUCUAAGCCGAUAGAUCCUUUCAAAGUAAUAGUAAUUGAUGAAGCAGCACAAUUGAAAGAGUGCGAGUCAGCGAUUGCAUUUCAACUUCCAAAUAUUAAGCAUGCUGUACUCAUAGGUGAUGAGUGCCAAUUACCAGCAAUGGUUAAAAGCAAGCUUGCUGAUGUUGCUGGCUUUGGAAGAAGUUUAUUUGAACGGUUUAGCUCUUUGGGCCAUCCUAGACACCUUCUCAAUGUGCAGUACAGAAUGCACCCAUCCAUAAGCUUCUUUCCAAAUUCGAAAUUCUAUUUUAGCCAGAUCGUGGACAGUCCUAAUGUUCAAAGUUCAAACUAUCAGAAGAACUAUCUUUUGGGAUCUAUGUUUGGGCCCUAUUCUUUCAUAAACAUAAAGUAUGGAAAAGAAGAGAAAGGUGAUAUUGGACACAGUCGAAAGAAUAUGAUCGAGGUGGCUGUCGCUUUGAAAAUUGUGCGAAGUUUGUACAAAGCGUGGACAAGUUCAAAAGGGAAGCUCAGCAUUGGUCUUAUCUCCCCAUAUUCUGCUCAAGUAACUACAAUUCAAGAGAAAAUUGGACACAAGUACGAUAACCUUGAUGGCUUUAGAGUGAAGGUCAAAUCUGUUGAUGGCUUUCAAGGUGGCGAGGAAGACAUAAUCAUUAUUUCAACCGUUAGAUCAAAUAGAGAUUCUUCAGUUGGAUUCUUAUCUUUUGAUCAAAGGACAAAUGUUGCUCUUACAAGGGCUAGAUAUUGCCUGUGGAUACUAGGGAACGAUAAAACGUUGUCAAAUAGUGAGGCUUCUUGGGCUCAUUUGGUCUGCGAUGCUAAGGAUCGUGGCUGUUUCUUCAACGCCGAUGAUGAUGAGAACCUAGCCAAAGCUAUAGUGGAUGUAAAGAAAGAGUUUGACCAACUAGAUGAUUUACUGAAAGGAGAUAGUAUUCUUUUCAGAAACGCAAGAUGGAAGGUUCUAUUCAGUGAUAGAUUUUUGAAAUCUUUCAAGAAAUUGUCAACAGUUGAGAUCAAGAAAAAAGUUCUAAAUCUUCUACUAAAACUUUCCAGCGGUUGGAGGCCUAAAACUAGAGAUUUAAAUUUGGUAUGUGGGAGUUCAACAAGGAUUUUGAAGAAAAUCAAGGUCGAGCGAUACUAUGUUAUUUGUGCAAUUGAUAUAGUAAAAAAGUCAGCGUACAUGCAAGUUUUGAGAAUUUGGGAUGUCUUGCCAUUGGAGGAUAUUUCAAAAUUGGUCAAAUCUCUUGAGAGUAUAUUCAACUCAUACACUGAUGAAUACAUCAAUCUUUGUCAAGAAAUAUGCUAUGAUGGGGAUGUUUUGGAAGUUCCCAAAACUUGGGCAUUCAUGUUGGAGCUUGUACGGUACAAGAGUCGCAUUGACAAUUCAAAUGGGGACAACUUACAAGGUGCUGCUUAUGAUGGCAGAAGUUAUGUUGAGAAUUCAAAGGUCAAAGAGAGCUUGUUACUGAUGAAAUUUUACUCCUUAUCAUUUGGUGUGGUGAGCCAUUUGCUUUCGGAUAGAGAUGGCAUUGAGUUGGAUCUUCCAUUUGAAGUAACAGAAGAAGAACUCGAGAUAAUUCUUUAUCCCAGAAGCACUUUCAUCCUUGGACGGUCUGGAACUGGGAAAACUACUGUAUUGACCAUGAAGUUGUAUCAGAAGGAAAAGUUGCAUUAUUUGGUUUCAGGAUCCUAUGGAGUUGAGGAUUGUGCGAGUUUAGAAGUUGGUCGAAAAAGUGAGAUUUCAGAGAUUCCAGCCAAGGAAAAUGGUGCUGUUUUGCGGCAGCUUUUCCUGACAGUUAGUCCAAAACUUUGUUAUGCUGUCAGACAACAUGUAUCUCACUUGAAAAGCCAUGCUUGUGGUGAGGAUACUAAGAGAACAACUGCAUUUGACAUGGAAAAUAUGGAUGACUUAGAAGCACAAUUCAUGGAUGUCCCAAAUUCCUUGGCUAAUAUUACAACCAAGUCAUAUCCACUUGUGAUAACUUUCUACAAGUUCUUGAUGAUGCUGGAUGGAACUUUGCACAAUUCAUAUUUUGAGAGAUUUUGUGAUGCAAGACAACUGGUAUAUGGUCAAACUCACGGUUCAAGAUCUAUUGCAUUGCAAUCUUUUAUAAGAAAGAAUGAAGUUAAUUAUGAUCGAUUUAGUUCUUCUUAUUGGCCCCAUUUCAAUACCCAACUCACCAGAAAGCUAGAUUGCUCCAGGGUUUUCACUGAGAUUCUUUCACAUAUAAAAGGCGAUCCUCGAGCCAUUGAUGCAAGUGAUGGAAAAUUAAGUAAAGAGGAUUAUGUUUUACUGUCCCAGUGUCGAACAUCCAGCUUAACUAGGCAGGAGAGAGAGACAAUUUAUGAUAUCUUCCAAAGUUAUGAGAAGUUGAAGAUGGAAAAUAGAGAGUUUGAUCUGGGUGAUUUUGUUAUUGAUCUGCAUCUUCGCCUUAGAAUUCAAGGAUAUGAGGGUGAUGAAAUGGAUUUUAUUUAUAUUGAUGAAGUGCAGGAUUUGAGCAUGAGUCAACUCGCUCUUUUCAGUUAUGUCUGCAGAAAUGUUGAAGAAGGAUUCGUCUUUUCAGGUGAUACAGCUCAGACGAUUGCAAGGGGAAUUGAUUUUAGGUUCCAGGAUAUAAGAUCUUUGUUUUACAAAAAGUUUGUAUUACCAAAGAUAAGGAGUGGGGGUCGUGAGAGAGAAGAUAAAGGACACAUUUCAGAGAUAUUUCAUUUAAGUCAAAAUUUCCGAACGCAUGCUGGAGUUCUUAAUCUAUCACAGAGCGUAAUUGAUCUUCUCUAUCAUUUUUUCCCACAAUCGAUCGACAUUUUGAAGCCUGAGACUAGUCGUAUUUCUGGGGAAUCCCCCGUGCUGCUCGAAUGUGGAAACAAUGAAAAUGCAAUUAAAAUGAUCUUUGGAAAUAGAAGUAAUGUUGGCAAUAUGGAAGGAUUCGGGGCUGAGCAGGUAAUAUUGGUGCGUGAUGAAUCUGCCCAAAAGGAAAUCUUGAAUAUUGUUGGAAAGAAAGCACUUGUCCUUACCAUUAUGGAGUGCAAGGGACUCGAGUUUCAGGAUGUGUUGUUAUACAACUUUUUCGGUUCCUCACCAUUGAAAAACAAGUGGAGGGUUAUUUACAAUUAUAUGGAGGAACUAGGCAAGCUGGACUCCAGCUUACAUCAGUCUAUCCCUCGAUUUAGCAAGUCAAAACAUAACGUUUUGUGCUCUGAGUUGAAGCAAUUGUACGUUGCGGUGACUCGUACGAGGCAGAGACUUUGGUUUUGUGAGGAUACAAGAGAGCAUUCUGAACCUCUGUUUGAUUAUUGGAAAGGAAAAUGUGUGGUGCAAGUUCAAGAGUUGAAUGAUUCCCUUGCACAAUCUAUGCUAGCUUCGAGUAGUAAGGAGGAUUGGAGGUCACAAGGGUUUAAGCUAUAUCACGAGGGCAACUAUAAAAUGGCAACAAUGUGUUUUGAAAGAGCUGAAGAUAGUUAUUGGGAAAAAAGAUCCAAGGCCUCUGGUCUUAGAGCUUUUGCAGAGCAUAUCCACAAUACCAAUCCUGUAGAAGCUAAUGCAAUCCUCAGAGAAGCAGCGAUAAUAUAUGAAGCAAUUGGGAAGGCUGAUUCUGCUGCCCAAUGCUUUUUCGAUAUUGGAGAGUUUGAAAGGGCAGGGGCGAUUUUUGAGGAUAAAUGUGGGAAACUAGAGAGGGCAGGGGAGUGUUUUCAUCUAGCAAAAUGCUAUGACCGUGCUGCCGAUGUUUACGCUAGAGGAAAUUGCUUUUCUGCAUGUUUGAAUGUUUGCUUGGAAGGGAAAUUGUUUGACAUUGGUUUGCAAUACAUUUUAUCUUGGAAACAAGAUGCUGGAUGUGAUCACCAUGGAUUCAAAAGUGAAGUAGAGAACCUUGAACAAGAAUUUUUGGAAAAAUGUGCUCUUCAUUUUCACAACUGUAAAGACAGUAGAUCCAUGAUGAAGUCGGUUAGAAGUUUUCGAACUGUGGAUUUGAUGCGUGAUUUCUUGAAGUCCUUGAAUUGCCUAGAUGAGAUCCUUUUAUUGGAAGAAGAGCUUGGUAAUUUCUUAGAGGCAGUAAAGAUAGCAAAGUCAAAAGCUAAUUUACUUCAAGUAGUUGAUCUUCUAGGUAAGGCAGGAAAUUUUAGUGAGGCCUCCAUGCUUCUUGUACAAUACGUACUUGCCAACUCUCUUUGGUCUCCCGGAAGUAAAGGUUGGCCCUUGAAGCAAUUUAAACAAAAGCAAGAGUUCUUGAAGAAGGCCAAGUCCCUAGCAGAAAAUGAGUCAAAAAAUCUAUACGACUACAUAUGCACAGAGGCAGACAUUAUAUCGAAUGAAAACGAUAACUUGGAAGCUCUGGCAGGAUAUCUAAAUGCGGCUGAAAGCCACAACAAUUUUAGAGGUGAAAUGAUAAGUCUUCGAAAAAUUUUGGAUGUUCAUUUGAAUACAUCAAAAUACACUUUGGAAGAUGAACUGGUUUCUGAUCUAACCAAGCAUUCGAAAGAAAUGGUUUUGAAAAACCAGGUGUCUAUUGAAACUUUGGUUUAUUUUUGGCGUUGUUGGAAGGAUAGAAUUUUAAAUGUCAUUGAGAGCCUUGUGUGUCUUGGUGGGAAUGAUGUCGACCCUUACAGCGAGUUUUGUUUAAACUUUUUUGGUGUUUGGAGGCUGAACAAUCGUCACAUAUUGCUAAACUCAAAUGCUGAUUGGGCCAAAAAUGUGGAUGAAAGAUUCUUUCAUAGGAAUGGGAAGUUGGUUUCCAUUGAUGCUACUCAGUUUUCUUUAUUUACCAAGAACUAUUGGUCUUCAGAAUUAAGUACUUCUGGGCUCAAGGUUUUAGAAAAGCUUGACUACCUUUAUAAAUUCUCCAAGAAAAGUCGGCUCUCCACAUUUCUUUCAUGUAGGCUUCUCACUCUCAUGUUUGAAGUUACGAAAUUCCUUCUAGAGAGCACACAUUUGAAGCAUGGAUAUCAUGAUAAGCAGAUGCUACAUAGAUUCUAUAAAAUGGCAACUUGGGAAAUCCAAAGUCAUCUUUUCCCAUCAGAUCAUCAAGUAUCUUUGAAGGAAAAUUUAAUAUGUCUAAGACUUACCGAUGUCUGUCAGAAUAUGAUGGCCGAAACUAUCAUGGAGAAUGUUCAGCUAACAAUUAAGCCAACUUAUGGCCAAAUUGGAAGGGUUGCAAUGUUGAUUUUUGGAUCUAUAAAACUCGAUAAGAAAUUGUGUGUAAAUAUAUUGAAUUGGUUGCGAGAGAAUCCUCCUUGGAGUGCAUUCAUUCGAGAACUUUGUGAAAGUAAGCGUGUAGGAAAGGAGCCGAGAGGGAACCCUUCAAAAGAAAUUUCUUUGGUGUGGAGGUUUCACGAAGCUCUGAGAGACAUGUACAAUGCAAAUUGGGUCCUGGAGCGAGAUUUUAUUUCGCCUUUCUUUUUCAUGUACCUUGUCGAGAGGCUUUUGAUCAUGGUAUCAUCCAUGAAGGGAUACUUCAUCACUACAAAAUCCUCUUUUAUUGAAUGGCUUAUCUGCCACAAAGAAAAUUCCAAUUUAACUUCCAUUUUAGGAGCUCAAACGCGACAUUCCUUUCAAGCUCCUGUUGGAACUUUGGCUAAUAUUCUGCAACAUCUUCUUUUCGACAUGAAAACAACAAAGGAUUGGACAAGAAAGACACAUCCAAACUUGAAGGAGGACUACCCGAUAUUAGUGCGGAGAUUGGUUGCUGUCAUAUGUUUACUUCAUCUCAACUUUGGCAUUUGCUUUGAUGUACUCCGCAAUCUGCUUGGUCGCAACUACAUCAUUGAACAUUUACCUCGGGAGUUUUGUGACGCACUUAAGAGAAAGAGAGGUUUUUAUGUACCAACUGAGAAUAUAAAUAUGAUUGCUGGAUUCUUCAAGGGAAUUGGAAACCCAAUGGUAAUUGUUAGUUCAGAUGGAAAUUACAAGCAAUUCAUUUGUAGAGAUGCAACCCUUGUCAACUUGAAGAUCAACCAUUGUAUCGACGACAUAAUGAAGGUUUUAUUCCCAAAGGAAGCUGAAACUUUGCAGCAUCGAGCCAACACUCCCAAAGUUCAAGACACUACUUCUACUACCGGUGGAAUACAAUCAGUAAAAGGGUGUGAUCCAGGUGAAGUUAUCCAGCUUCCAUCUUCUAGCUUGGCUUUAUAUGAAAACAAGGAGGUGAAAUCUGAUUAUGAAAAUGAGGGAAAUUCACCUAAGCCUGCUGGCUUUUGGGAAAUGUUUGAAGCUUUGACGUUGGUAGAGAAUGAAAUAGAUGGAAAGAGCAAACUGUCAAAUGCCUCGAAAGUCAAGAUGGAUGUGGAACAAUGGCUUCAGCAUUUAACUGCUGCAAGAAGCAAAUCAGAGAAAGAGAUUUCUUUUGAAGAAUUGGAUGGCUUGCUUAAUCAAUUAAAUUUGCUGUCUACUGCUUUAAGCAUGAGUGAGCCGGAGGAAAAUGUAACUCAAGCGAUAUUGAUUUCAAAGAGUUUAUAUUCAAGGAGGAUGAAGUUAGAGCCUAUGUUGACUAAACUACUAGAUGACGAUCCUAAAAUGGAAGUAGGUCAGAUGUCGGGUAUCAAGAAUGUCGAAGAUGAUGAGAAUGUCCAUCAAGAUUGUAAUGAUAGCAGCCCUGAAGAAUGUAGAGGUGUGGAACGUGUGAAAGCUGAACCCAGUUUGUCCCAAGCAACGGAUAAGAAAGGGAAAGGGAAAUGGAAAGCAAAAGGGAAAGGGAAAGCAAAGAAGGGGAAAAGUCGUAAAAAGUAAGUGAGAAUCCAAGUGCUAUACUCUUAAUUGGACUGUUUUUUUUGAGUUCUGUUUUGUAAUAUGCUAUGAAACUAUGAAUGAAAUACAAAUUCAAAGAGCAUAUUUGAAUGUGAUGUGGGGCAUUUUUUCUCCAAGGUUAAGGGAUAAGUUAGAUGUUUACAUGGUCACCCAUCCAAAGGCCUUAGAGGGGUUUGAGCCAAAAAUUCAGAGAGGAGGGUAUCUUUAUUGGAAUCCCAUUCAAAUUUAUCGUAGUGUAAGUGCACAUUGUAAACAAGUAUUAAAAUGUACCCCAAAAAGUUGUUUUGUGCAAUUUAAGUUCUAUAAGCAAAAUUCUCAAAUUGCAUCAACCA